CAGAAAGUCACCAACGAUGGCAGAGCGCUGGACCCGCCUGCUUCAUUUUGUGUGACUAUGGCACUCUUCUGUGAAGCCGAUCACAGCCAAGAGCCAACCACGAUGGAAGCUCUGAAGAGGCGGCAGCUCGGAUGCAAAAGACGCCUUUUCCACUUCUUCUCCCCUUGCUCAAUGCAAGUCUUGAGUCUUGUCACUCUUCGAGACCUUGAGCAGAUUUCAACACUCCGGCCCCCAUCUAAAGCUGAACCCCUCUCCACAACAGCUUUUGAACGACGCCUCCGCUUCAUACAUAUUGCUCUACAUAAUCUUGUGGCUCUCCUUGAAACCCCUGCUGACCGACCGUAAGUUCUACAAACGGUAGAUACAUCAAUAGCAGAUCUCCCAAGCAUUGCUGCAAGGCAUCCUUUACCUCAGCAUUCGUAGGUUGAAACGAAACAUACGAAGAUCUGAGACACGAAAUCGAUCUCGCGAAAGAUGGACAAUGGACAUUAUGGCCAACGACAACAUCUGCAACCUCAGAAUGUAGAACGACAACAUCAGCGAUUUUCGUGGCAGAUUCCGCUGACUGGCCCACCGGAGGACACCUCAGCCUCCCAACCUCAGCAACAACAGACACAGCAGCAGCCGGCACAGAUCAACACGAAUGUAAAUGCCAACGGUCGGGCAUUCUCUUAUGCGCAGACUCCCAUUGAGCACCGAGCACGCUACACCUCGUCGGCAGAUGACCCACCUCUCCCGCAGUCUCCUCCCACCCCGAUCGACACCCGCCCACAAUCGAUCUGCAAGUCGGCUCCCUCUCCUCCCGCUCCGCCUCAGCCACAAGCGACAUACCCUUCAUACCCAUACGAAAAUACAGCUCGCUCGCCAGUAUCGCCGUACAACUCUACACCACAGCAUCCUGCGCUUGUCUCUCCCAUCUCUCCUAUCGCGGAGCCGCAGCAAAUACACCGUCAGCAACCAAACCACCACGCACGACAGCGCAGCAAUCUCUCCCCCAUCAAUACCAACAUUACGCAAUACACUCUACCUCCAGUGCCAGCGACACCGCAUUCGCACAAAUCGCAAGCAUCUGCUCUGCCGCAAAAGACUCCAAUAACACCCAUCUCACCCAAUUCACUCCGAAAAGACCCCGCAGCUUACCCACUCCCAAUGUCUCCGAACUCCAAGAAAUCAUACGCAGCGGAGCCCUACUCACCCCAUGGCUUCUCUUCUAACACUGGUGCAAACCAUACCAUCUUCUCGCCCGAUGCUGCGACGGGUCCGAACGGCCUUGACUUCGCGCUCCAUCAACCUGGUCAGAUUGCCCAUCCGAACAUGGAUCUUUCCACCAAAGGCUCAUCACAUGAAUGGAAACACUCGCUCUGUGAGUGCAGCGGUGACAUUUCCACCUGCCUCACCGGCAUCUUCUGCCCCUGCAUCCUCUACGGCCGCACAUCCUACCGCCUCUCCCAAAAAUCUGACAAAAAGGACCCCACGGACAUGCUGGGGUAUAAAUCCACAAACGGACAUUGCAUACUCAUGGGUGUGGCCUGCGGAUUACAAUGGCUGUUUCCGAUGAUCCAUCGUACCAAAAUACGACACCUGUACAAGCUUUCUGGGAGUUGUGCAGGGGACUUCGCGAGAUCUUGUUGUUGUUGCUGUUGUGUGGCUAUUCAGAAUGAGAGGGAGGUAAGAGGCAGAGAGGAGAGUAAGAGGCAGUGGGCUGGGCCGGCUAGUAACGACGUGUAUAGAGCACCGGAGAUGAUGGUAUAUUCGCCUCAGAGAUGAGAGGAUGGGAGAGGAAGGAUGGUAGUACACUCUUUAAGAUACCCUGUUUAUGUUAUUCCGUGUGUUGAUGGC